AUGACUUCCGUUCAUUGCAUUUGCGAUAGCAUUUCCGCUCAUCACACUAUAAGCUCUCCCUCUCUUGAAGAGGAACUUCGUCGAUUUUGGAAGAUUGAAGAACUCCCACGACAAUCAAUUCUUACUCCGCAAGAACAACAGUGUGAAGAGCAUUUCUGCUCGACGCACUAUCGCGACUCCGACGGCCGGUACAUCGUUCGCCUUCCGUUCAAAACGAGUCCUCCGAUCGAUAUCGGUAAUUCAAGAUUUCGCGCCGAAAACAUUGUAAAUUCGCUAGUACGGAGAUUUCGCGACAAACCCGAGGUUGCGAAAGAAUAUUCCGACUUUAUUGCCGAAUAUGAACGUCUUGGGCAUAUGCGGCCAGUGCCGAUGCCGCAAGGUGACAUAGAACCAGCUGUCUAUCUCCCGCAUCACGGG